UAGUCUGGUUUAUUGCAUCAGUUGGAUAGAUGUCAGGUGAAAUGGUAUAAAUGGUGACUUUGCCUUGAACAAUGUACAAGGUAGUUCUCCCAAAAUUGGGGGUGUGAAAAGGGCAAUGAGUCCAACACUAUUAACCCAAUGGAGAUGUGAACACCCUCAAACAGGCUUAAAGCUAAAGUCAUUUCACUUGAACCCCAGUAUUAUACUUUCAUUUCCAACAUGCUGGAGUACAGAGCCAAAACAAUGAAAGAAAAUGUGCUGAUCCCACUCACAGUCAUCCAGGGACCUCAUGGCGACUGGAUUCAGGCUGGACUGUCUACUUCAUCCCUGCCUGCCUUUGCUUCAUUGAGACAGAUAUUCUGCUUGGUAGUCCACACAGGCACGAAAUAUAAUUUGUUUAAAAUGGUGACAUUAUUUCCAAAGUAUUUCUGCCCUAGGUAUCAAUUAUCAUAAUGGCUGCCUUUGUCAAUACCACACCAAUCCUCUUAAAUUGUACACACAAAACGCAGCGCGGUGCACUUGCCCCGCUCCUCUCUGAACCCUCCUUCCCACGAUCCGCCCACCAUCUCGGGACUGGAGUCACGUGUCUCAUCGCCUAGUGUCUCUCUGCGAGCCCACACCACCACAUAUCAAACUCACCCAGCGCCCGGCGGAGAGAGAAAGGGAGAUGAGAAGCGGUGAGGUGUACGCGAUCAGAAAGCCCCUACGACAGUGGGCUAUAAUGGAGAGCGUUCAUUAGGGGACAUCCGUUGUGGUGAUCCCAAAUGCUCUCUCUGUUUCCCGCAGAGGGGGGGAAUAUGACAAGGCAUUUGACCAGGACGGGAGAUGCGAUUCACACUGUUUCGGACACCCUCUUCUUCCUGUGAUCUGUCUGAACAGUCCGCCUGUGAGCCGCGGGGUGUACGGGACACGGGGCGCACAGCUCACAGCCGCCCCAGCCCAACUGUGGAUUGAACAAAACGGGUUCUUUUUGUAUCUUAUUUGAACCUGCUGAAAGUCUGUGGGUCUCCGGAGGGGAGGGUGGUCUUCAACAUGAGGGCUGCUUCAGCAAACUUAUUCGCACUUCUGUUCCUGUGCGCCGUCGCAAGUGUUUUCUACGUCUGGAGCGCGCUGGAGGACCGUUUGGAGCGACACAAACGGAGGUUACCGGGAGGGGGGUCUUUUCACCAAGGUCUCCCAGUGGACCUCUCCGGCAAAACUUUCCGGGUAUUGCUCGCUGUCCCAGCGGCACAAAGACCGCACUUGGGGAGCAGACUUGAGGCUCACAACCUCACUGAUCAAACAGUCUCUGCAGGAAAUCUAGAUUACCAUGUGAAUGGGGAUAACAAGGGGUCAGCUCAGCGGGAGGGCCCGGUCAAGUCAGACUCCCCGGUGGAGGAUGGGAUAUUUUGGAGUGAAUGGCUGGAAGGUCUCCUCCCCGUGGGCUUCAAGGAGGAAUAUGCUCGGUCUUGGCGAGACAGAGCCAGGACAUACCGGAUAGUGAAGCUGGAGCCUGGAUGCGGCAGGAUAUCUAACCAGCUCGCCACGUUCGCAGAUGGGACCAAAGCGUGUGUGCGUUACGGGAUAAACGCGGAUCAGGUGCAAGGAGAAACUUUGACGUAUUAUCUUGCCAGUUUGCUAGGCAUCACAAACCUGCCGCCGUUGAUACUGUCCCAGCUGAACGGUGAAAGUGAACAAUGGGCGGCGGUGAGAACGCGGAUAGAUGGUUUACAGUGGAGUGAUCGAGCCGUCGUUUCUCUCACUGAGUGGGUCUCCAACCUGACCGGGGUGGUCACACCGGCGCCGCUCAGACAGGAGAGCAGCGGGCUGCAUCCUGCGCUUGAGGGGCUCUGGAACAAGACGACGGCGGAGCUGCUGGGGCUGAUGCAGUGGACCGACCUGAUCAUAUUCGACUACCUGACUGCAAACUUCGACAGACUCGUCAGCAAUCUGUUCAGCCUGCAGUGGGAUUCUCGCGUAAUGGAGAGGGACACCAACAACCUCCUCAAAACACCCCGGGGUGACCUUGUAUUCAUAGACAACGAGGCCGGACUCGUGCACGGGUUUCGGGUGUUAAACAUGUGGGAGAAAUAUCACAAUACAGUAUUGAGCUCAGUUUGUGUGUUCAGGAAAAGGACCACGCAGCGCGUGGCGGAGCUGCACAGGCGCAGAGACUCCAGGAAAAGGCUGCUGGAGCUCUACAGAGACAGCGAGCCUUUGUCUCUAGAAUUGGGAUUUCUCUCAGACGAGCACGCUGGUGUUCUCCAGGACAGGAUAGACAGGGUAUACAAACACAUCUUGCAUUGCAAAGGAAAGUACGGCCAUCUGUGAACAUUCGGCACGCAGGUGAUUUGUUGCCUGCGCUCUGCAACUGGCACACCUGUGCUAAAGUGAUGCGCAUUACACACAGCUGUCUUGAAUAUCCAGCAGAACUACCUCUUGUGAAUAGAAUAUGUUGCCUACAUUAUAAAUAAGUAAAUUUGACACGUUUAUAAGCUCCCUGUUUAGAUUUCCACUGUCUGCCUCACAUAGAAGAAUGAUUAAGGCAAGUGUAUCCUGUCUUACUUCACUCCAACUGAUGCUCACCCGAAUAGUGUUAAUGUAAAGAUUAGGUUAUAUUUGUGACUAGGUUAUCUUAAUGCAUAUGUGUGUUUUGAUUCUUGACCUGUGUUCAAUAAUCCUAAUGAUAAACUCCUAAGCCUUAACAUAAACUUGACCCUUAAAUACUGGAUUUCUGUUGACACCUGGCUGGCUUUUUAUGGAAAAACAUUUGCACAGUACAUUGUCAUAGCAGCACCUGCACUCUUGUAAUUGUGUUUGGAUAGCAUAUUCAGCCUUAAAGUCACAGCUGUAUCAUAUCCAUUGUACAUGUUGUAAGUACGUUGUAAAUACUGUCUGCCAACUUGUUUUGGAUAUUUGAUCCUCCACUAAUUUAAGUGCAUUGUAACAUUCCAAAAUCUCUUGUCCUUUUUGAUAAACACACUGUAAUUUAAUUUAA